AUGUCUUCCCAAUUUACGGAAUGGCGCAAACUGCCCAUCAGCUUGAAUGAGCUGUGCAUCGCCACCACAUUGAGGUGUGGUCAAUCUUUUAGAUGGCAGAAACUUCCGGAAAGCGAUGAAUGGAGAUGUGUCCUCCGCGGUCGGCUUAUCUCGCUGAGACAGGACCCGUCGCACUUGUAUUAUCAGUCAUAUGCUCCUCCUAAUUCGUUUGCGACACCCCCGAGAUCUACUCCUUCGUCGCAAUUUGAGGCUGCCGCCAUUUCCAAGCAUGAUUCCUCAUUGCUAGACGAGACACGUGCGAUCAUUACACAUUAUCUUAACCUGACCUCCAAUCUUACCGAUCUAUACGAGCAGUGGAGCGAUUCCGACCCCAAUUUCAAGAAAAAAGCGCCGAAUUUUACAGGUAUACGCAUUCUGCGGCAGGAUGCUUGGGAGGCUUUGGUUUCGUUUAUAUGCAGUAGUAAUAAUAACAUUGCUCGGAUUUCGCAAAUGGUGGAGAAGCUAUGCACAAACUACGGCGACCUGAUAGCCACCAUCGACGAACGACCUUACCAUGAUUUCCCGACCCCAGAAGCAUUGACCGGAAAAGAUGUUGAGGCUCGCCUCAGGGAACUGGGAUUUGGUUAUAGGGCCAAGUACAUAUAUCAAACUGCUCUUAUGGUUGCAAAUGAAAGAGAAAGGGGUUGGUUAGACUCGCUACGCAACCCCGAGAGCCCUGCUUUUGGCAUGGCGCCGUCUCCGGGUGGCAUUAUGCGGCCGGAAGGCAGAGAAGGCUAUCGCGUUGCACACGAGAAGCUUCUAGAACUCCAAGGGGUCGGUCCGAAGGUCGCUGACUGCGUUUGUUUAAUGGGCCUUGGCUGGGGAGAAUCAGUGCCAGUUGACACACAUGUCUGGCAAAUUGCGCAGAGAGACUAUAAGUUCGGCAGGAGCGGGAACAAGUCUCUGACCAAAGCUACGUACGAUGCUGUCGGAAACCAUUUUCGAAAGCUUUGGGGCAAAGAAGCCGGGUGGGCUCACAGUGUUUUAUUCACUGCAGAUCUAAAAAAUUUCUCAGACAGACUUGCUUCAGAAAUUGAUGUCAAAGUCAAGCAGGAGGCCGAUUUGCCGGUGGAGACAGUUGUCACGUCCACGGUAGCUACUAAACGACCGCUCGACGAAGAUGGCACUGAAGCCGACACAAAGCAGGAGCUCAUAGUGCAGGCUGCCGAGACCAAAGUCACUCGCAGGAGAACGAAGCGGCAACGCAGGUGA